CCGCGUGCUGCCGGGGUCGCGCCGCCGUCCAUGAGGAGAAGGAGGAGCGCGCGCCAUUUGCCGUCGCUGCUUGGGCCCGAGCUGCGCCGCGCCGGCCCCGCUCCGCAGCAUAAUAAAAUGGCUAAUCAGGUGAAUGGUAAUGCGGUACAGUUAAAAGAAGAGGAAGAACCAAUGGAUACUUCCAGUGUAACUCACACAGAACACUACAAGACACUGAUAGAGGCAGGCCUCCCACAGAAGGUGGCAGAGAGACUUGAUGAAAUAUUUCAGACAGGCUUGGUAGCUUAUGUCGAUCUUGAUGAAAGAGCAAUUGAUGCUCUUAGGGAAUUUAAUGAAGAAGGAGCCCUCUCUGUAUUACAGCAAUUUAAAGAAAGUGACCUGUCGCAUGUACAGAACAAAAGUGCAUUUUUAUGUGGAGUUAUGAAGACCUACAGGCAAAGAGAGAAACAAGGCAGCAAAGUACAGGAAUCAACGAAGGGACCAGAUGAAGCAAAGAUUAAGGCUUUGCUAGAGCGGACUGGUUACACUUUGGAUGUAACUACAGGACAGAGGAAAUAUGGGGGUCCUCCUCCAGAUACUGUGUAUUCAGGUGUCCAGCCUGGCAUUGGAACAGAGGUUUUUGUUGGUAAAAUUCCCCGAGACCUUUAUGAAGAUGAGUUGGUACCACUCUUUGAGAAAGCUGGUCCAAUUUGGGAUCUGCGUCUCAUGAUGGAUCCUCUUUCUGGUCAGAACAGAGGUUAUGCUUUCAUUACCUUUUGUAGUAAAGAUGCAGCACAAGAAGCAGUCAAACUGUGUGACAACUAUGAAAUCCGUCCUGGAAAGCACCUUGGAGUAUGCAUCUCUGUGGCAAACAACAGGUUAUUUGUUGGGUCAAUUCCAAAGAACAAAACUAAGGAAAACAUACUGGAAGAGUUUGGUAAAGUCACAGAGGGUUUGGUGGAUGUAAUUUUGUAUCAUCAACCUGAUGAUAAAAAGAAGAAUCGAGGAUUCUGCUUCUUGGAGUAUGAGGAUCACAAGUCAGCAGCACAAGCUCGCCGACGCCUGAUGAGUGGGAAAGUAAAAGUCUGGGGAAAUGUUGUUACAGUGGAAUGGGCUGAUCCAGUAGAGGAACCUGAUCCAGAAGUCAUGGCAAAGGUUAAAGUUUUAUUUGUAAGAAACUUGGCCACUACUGUGACAGAAGAAAUUCUUGAGAAAUCCUUUUCUGAAUUUGGAAAGCUGGAAAGAGUAAAGAAGUUGAAGGAUUAUGCAUUUGUUCAUUUUGAGGACAGAGGUGCAGCAGUGAAGGCUAUGAAUGAAAUGAAUGGGAAAGAGAUAGAAGGGGAAGAAAUUGAAAUAGUAUUAGCAAAGCCACCGGAUAAGAAAAGGAAAGAACGUCAGGCUGCCAGACAGGCCUCCCGGAGCACUGCGUAUGAAGAUUAUUAUUACUACCCUCCGCCUCGCAUGCCACCUCCUAUGAGAGGCCGAGGCCGUGGAGGAAGAGGUGGAUAUGGCUAUCCCCCAGAUUACUAUGGCUAUGAAGAUUAUUAUGAUGAUUACUAUGGCUAUGACUAUCAUGACUACCGUGGUGGCUAUGAAGAUCCCUAUUACGGCUAUGAUGAUGGCUAUGCUAUAAGAGGAAGAGGAGGAGGAGGAAGGGGUGGGAGAGGUGCCCCUCCACCACCUAGGGGGCGGGGAGCACCACCACCAAGAGGUAGAGCUGGCUACUCACAGAGGGGGGCACCCAUGGGACCGCCGAGAGGAGCCAGGGGGGGGAGAGGGGGCCCUGCACAGCAGCAGAGAGGACGUGGUGCUCGUGGAGCCAGGGGCAACCGUGGGGGCAACGUAGGAGGCAAGAGAAAGGCAGAUGGGUACAACCAGCCUGAUUCCAAGCGCCGGCAGACCAACAACCAGCAGAACUGGGGCUCCCAACCCAUCGCUCAGCAGCCGCUCCAGCAAGGUGGUGACUAUGCCGGUAACUAUGGUUACAAUAAUGACAACCAGGAAUUUUAUCAGGAUACUUAUGGGCAACAGUGGAAGUAGACAAGUGAGGAGGGAUUGAGAAUAUUGGAAAACAUAGAAUUGGCUAUAGCUCUACAUCUUUCAAAAAAAAAAAAAAAAAGAAAAAAAAUUGGCUUAAUGUUUCAUCCUUCAGUAGCGAUUGGCUGCCAUUUGUAUUGGGCUGAAGAAUCACUCUAUUGUGUAUAUACUCGAGUCUCUUAGUUUUCUUUUUUCAUAAAUGCACUUGGACAUUACUGGGCUUGCAGAAUUCCUGAACUCCUUAUGGGGUCUCAGUGCUUUUAUCAUUUUAGGCUUCACUUUAGCAGUUUAAAAGCAGGAAUGGCACACUGUUCAAUCAUGAUUUUGCAGAACCUCUGGUUUUGGACAGUUUCUUCUUUUUUUUUUUUUUUUUGGAUUUGGGAUAGACUACAUAGGAGUAUGCUGUACAUAAAAGUAAAAGCUAGUGCUUUGUCUUAGUAGUUUUAAGAAAUUACAACAAAUUAAGUUUUCUUGUAUUGAAAAUAACAUGAUUGUAUGUUUUGCAUUCCUAGAAGUAGGAUAACUGUGUUUUUAAAUUGUUAUAACUUCACACCUUUUUGAAAAUCUGCCCUACAAAAUUUGUUUGGCUUAAAACGUCAAAGCCGUGGCAAUUUGUUCCUUGAUGUGAUUGUAUUUCCAAUUUCUUGUUCAUGUAAGAUUUCAAUAAAACUCAAAAAUCUAUUCAAAACA